GGGGCAGCCUUUCUCGCCGACUCUCUCUUCCGGCGAGCAGUCUAGAGAGUUUGCUACUGUUAAAAUUCGUGUAAUAUUUAUCAAUUCAUAACGCUGUCGCCAUGGCCGUCGGCGAUCUGAAGACUGACAAAGGUGUUAAGGAUCUGGAUGCGUACCUCGCUGAACGCAGCUAUGUAGAAGGAUGGCAAGCAUCGCAAGCUGAUGUUGCAGUUUUGGAGGCUUUAGGAGAAGCUCCCUCACCUUCAAAUCCACAUGUGCUAAGAUGGUAUAAUCAUAUUAAGUCGUAUGACUUAAAGAUUCUUCCGGGUGAAAAGAAGGCUCCUUCUGUACUGGGUAGUACCACAUCUGCAGCCCCUCCCAGUGAUAAGCCUGCAGAUGAUGAGGAUGAUAUUGACUUAUUUGGUUCUGAUGAAGAGGAUGAUGCCGAGGCCGCUAAAGUUAGAGAAGAGAGAUUAAAGGCUUAUGCUGAAAAGAAGUCACAGAAACCGGCUGUUAUUGCCAAGUCUAGUAUUGUAAUAGAUGUUAAACCUUGGGACGAUACAACGGAUAUGAAAGCAAUGGAAGAGUCAGUCAGGUCUAUUACAAUGGAUGGAUUAAUUUGGGGUGCCUCAAAACUUGUACCAGUAGGCUAUGGCAUACACAAACUACAGAUCAUGUGCGUAGUGGAAGAUGACAAAGUAUCUGUAGAACAUCUGAUCGAACUCAUUCAGGAGUUCGAUAGUGUAGUUCAGUCUGCAGAUAUUGCAGCCUUUAACAAAAUUUAAAUAAUCCAAUAACUUUUAUUAUCAAAUUAAUAAAUAUUAAUUGUUUGUAUAUAUAAUUUGUUACUGAAUAUACCUAGAAAGAACCUUUUCCGCUGCCAUUACAAAGCAA